UACAGAGUCCAGGGAAAGACUUGCUUGUAACUUUCUGAAUUCUGGAUUUUUUUUUUCCUUUUUCUUAACUUUCACUAAGGGAAUAAGGGCUACUGUAGUCUGAUGUGUCCUUCCCAAGGUCACAAAAUAUGAUAAACUGCACUUUUUCUUAGGCUCGAUGAUUUUUGCCUUAAGCCAAAGGACUGCCUAUAAUUUCACUAAAAAUGUCUUCUAAUUUGGAUACUGGGGAUUUACCAGAAUCUCUAAAGCAUGGACUUACACCUAUUGGUGCUGGGCUUCCGGACCGACACCGACUCCCCAUUCCCGCCCUCGGUCGCCUUGUCAUGCUGCCCAAAGUGGAGACGGAAGCCCUGGGACUGGCUCGAUCGCAUGGGGAACAGGGGCAGAUGCCGGAAAACAUGCAAGAUUCUCGGUAUUGCGGUGUACUUCGAUAAUCCAUAUGGAGGGAGAAGACUGCAGAGAGAGAAUGAAAUCGCAGAAAGGCUGCGUGAGCGGUUGUCUCAAUUUAAAAUGGUGAAUUACUCCUAUGAUGAAGAUCUUGAAGAGCUUUGUCCUGUGUGUGGAGAUAAAGUGUCUGGGUACCAUUAUGGGCUUCUCACCUGCGAGAGUUGCAAGGGAUUUUUUAAGCGAACAGUCCAAAAUAAUAAAAGGUACACAUGUAUAGAAAACCAGAACUGCCAAAUUGACAAAACACAGAGAAAACGUUGUCCUUACUGUCGAUUUCAAAAAUGUCUAAGUGUUGGAAUGAAGCUAGAAGCUGUGAGGGCCGAUCGAAUGCGUGGAGGAAGAAAUAAGUUUGGACCAAUGUACAAGAGAGACAGGGCCCUGAAGCAACAGAAAAAAGCCCUCAUCCGAGCCAAUGGACUUAAACUGGAAGCCAUGUCUCAGGUGAUCCAAGCGAUGCCCUCUGACCUGACCAUCUCAUCUGCCAUUCAGAACAUCCAUUCUGCCUCCAAAGGCCUACCUCUGAACCAUGCUGCCUUGCCUCCUACAGACUAUGACAGAAGUCCCUUUGUAACAUCCCCCAUUAGCAUGACAAUGCCACCUCAUGGCAGCCUGCAAGGUUACCAAGCAUAUGGCCACUUUCCUAGCCGGGCCAUCAAGUCCGAGUACCCAGACCCCUACACCAGCUCACCCGAGUCCAUCAUGGGCUAUUCCUACAUGGACAGUUACCAGACAAGCUCCCCAGCGAGCAUUCCACAUCUGAUACUGGAACUUUUGAAGUGUGAGCCUGAUGAGCCUCAAGUUCAAGCCAAAAUCAUGACCUAUUUGCAGCAGGAACAGGCUAACCGAAGCAAGCACGAAAAGUUGAGCACAUUUGGGCUUAUGUGCAAAAUGGCGGAUCAAACCCUCUUCUCCAUUGUUGAGUGGGCCAGGAGUAGUAUCUUCUUCAGAGAACUUAAGGUUGAUGACCAAAUGAAACUGCUUCAGAAUUGCUGGAGUGAGCUCUUAAUCCUCGACCACAUUUACCGACAAGUGGUACAUGGGAAGGAAGGAUCCAUCUUCCUGGUUACUGGGCAACAAGUGGACUAUUCUAUAAUCGUAUCGCAAGCCGGGGCCACCCUCAAUAACCUCAUGAGUCACGCACAGGAGCUAGUGGCAAAACUUCGCUCCCUACAGUUCGAUCAACGAGAAUUUGUGUGUCUGAAAUUCUUGGUGCUCUUUAGUUUGGACGUCAAAAACCUCGAGAAUUUCCAGUUGGUAGAGGGUGUCCAGGAACAAGUCAACGCCGCCCUGCUGGACUAUACCAUGUGUAACUACCCGCAGCAAACAGAGAAGUUUGGGCAGCUACUUCUGCGACUCCCCGAAAUCCGGGCCAUCAGCAUGCAGGCUGAGGAAUACCUCUACUACAAGCACCUGAACGGGGACGUGCCCUACAAUAAUCUUCUCAUUGAAAUGUUGCAUGCAAAAAGAGCAUAAGUUAUAACCCCUAGGAGCUCUGCUUCCGGAACACAAAGAGAUUUGGGGGAGGGGAAAGAACAGGAAGAGGGGAAAAAAAAAAAAAAUACUCUGAACUGCUCCAAGCAACACUAAUUAAAAACUUGGUUAAAGAUACUGAAUUUAAAAAGGCAUAAUAAUCAAAUACUUAAUAGCAAAUAAAUGAUGUAUCAGGGUAUUUGUAUUGCAAACUGUGAAUCAAAGGCUUCACAUCCCCAAAGGAUUCAUGUGAAAGACAUUGUAAUGGAGUGGAUUGAACUCACAGAUGGAUUCCAACACUAUGUCAGAAUAAAAAUGGACAGAACAAUUCUUGUAUAUUUAAACUGAUCUCUGCUAUGAAGAAAUUUAGGAACUAAUCUGUGUUAUUAAUUAAGCUUAUACAGUGGGGGAUUUGAGCUUACAGAAUUCCUCCCUGGUGAAGCUGAACUGAAACAAAUCUCAAGAAUGCAUCAGCUGGACCUGCGACAGCCCCUCUCUCUUCCUCAGAAGACCCCAGCAUCUUCUGCCCUGAGAUCACCAAGUCUGUACAAAGGACCUAUGUUCAGCCACGCCUGGUAGUAGCUCCACUAAAUCAUGAAUUCCAAAUGUCUGUGUCUUAGACCUGCAAACAGCUAAUAAGAACAUAAGUCUAUAAAUAUGUCAGCUUGCCAUUUUAAAUAUGUUCUCAAGUUCAUUUUGUCACGUGUUCAUGAUUUUAAAAAGAGCAGGCAGUAUCCCUCUUCUAUCUUAUAUAGCAUUAAUGAAUAUUAAGGGAAAUGACUACAAAUUUUUUAAGCAAAUGCUCCAUAACUAAAGCAAGUUAGAUCUUAUUCCUGCUACUGUUGCUGAAAUGUGGCUUUGGCAUUGUUGGACUUCAUAAGAAUUUCUGGCUGAAGGACUCGUUAGGCUACAUCCGUCCUUUUAAUCAUAAAGGUUUGUAGUUCCUUUUAAAAAUACAGCAUUAAAGAUCUUUUGCUGGAAUGUCAAAUAGUCACAAUCCUAAGUAGUUGAAAACAAAAAUUGAAGCAUGUAAAGCUAUGCAAAAUGAAAAGGAAGGAGAAGCUGCUAGAUUGACACUAGUUGCCACUGAGCAAGCAUCUCCCUAACUUGAGAUGGGAAUAGUCAUUUUUACAUACCACCUGGAAAGAUCCUAAAGUUAUUUAAAUCUUCCCCAAAGGGGAAAGGAAGGGAGUGAUACUGACCUUUCUAAGUCAUAGACCAAAGUCUGCUGUAGAACAAAUAUGGAGGACAAAGAAUUGCAAACAAACUCUCCAAACAAUGCUGUCAGUAUUAUUCACACGCGAUGCCACAGGUAUGAAAGUCUUGCCUUAUUUCGCAAUUCUAAAAGGUAGCUGUGCAAAUGUGGAUCAACAUGUUUAAAAUAAAGUAUUAAUACUUUAAAGUCAAAUAAAAUAUAGUGUUUACAUUCUUUAGGUCCUGGGGGGGUGGGUUGCGGGGGGGACCGUGAUAUUACAAAAUAGCAGAAGCAGUAAUUUCUUUAAUGUUAUUUUUCUGAUCAGUAAUUAUUUUAACAGUACUUAAUUAUUGUAUGUCGUGAGACACUAAAAUCAAAAAACGGGAAUCUCAUUUAGACUUUAAUUUUUUGAGAUUAUCGGCAGCACAAUCACUUGUAGAAACUGUAAAAACUGAAAGUAUCUCCUAGUCCCUUAAUUUUUUCCAUAAAUGUUUCUGGCUUUUGAAUAGUUUAUUUAUAUUGUAUAUCAUAGUUUCAACUGUAGACAAUUAUGAUGCUAAUUUAUUGUUCCUCGGUUUCACCUUUGUAUAAGAUAUAGCCAAGACUGAAGAAACCAAAUACAUGUGUUUACUGUAGCAUGUCUUCAAGUUAGUGGGACAUAGUUCAGGGACAUAGAAGGGUCUGAAUGAAUUAAAAUCAUCCACUUGAUUAAAUGUCUGUAAAUCUUCCUAAUUCUUACUGUAGUUUAUUUAAUAUCUAUUGUAAAUUAUGUGACUCGUAACUUCCUCUGUUUCAAGUAAAUUUAACAAGGUGGAGUCUUACCCGGUUUUCCUUUCAAGCAUUGUAAGUCGUAUACCAAAGAUAUUAGUUCUGACUUCAGCGUGUACAAAGAGAAUUAUUUUAUUACUUUUAUUAAUCACUCUAAUGCCAGCCCACCUGAAGGGUACAGGCUAGCAAAGCCCCGCCUUGACUUGUGCCGUGUCUGUCACCUGUGUUAACUUCACGGCCCAAAGGACAGUGAAGAAUCACUGGUCAGAGCUCACAGCCAAAGCAGUCCAGAGCUGGGCAGCAUCAUUGCCGCCCCAGUUAAAAACCACGUCAGUGAGAAGACACAUGGAUUACAGAGGUGUGGAAAUGACAGCCAGGAAGUCGCUUCUAUCCAGUGUGUGCAAGACGCGAGCAGAGGCCAUCAUGAGAUUAGGAGAGCUGUGAGGAGGGUCUUUAACAUUACAAAAAAGUCAAGUUCAGCUGGGCGUGGCGGUGAACGAACAUCUGCAAUCCCAGCAGGAGGAUAGCAAGUUCAAAGCCAGCCUCAGCAACAGCGAGGUGCUAAGCAACUCAGUGAGACCCUGUCUCCAAAUAAAAUACAAAAUAGGGCUGGGGAUGUGGCUCAGUGGUUGAGGGUCCCUGAGUUCAAAUCCUGGUAACCGCCCCCCCACACACACACCCAAAAAAAAUAGUCAAAUACAUUGACUCUUUAUGUUUCCUUAUUUUAAAUAUACAGUGUUCCCACUAAACAGUGACCAUAAAAUAUCAAAUUUUGGUAUGUUGUUAAGCGAGUUGAUCACACCCUGGGAAUGUUUAGAAAGAGGCCACAUGGAGCUACAUCCACACUGCUGGUUAUGAUACUAAGGACAGAAGCUGAUAAGAAAGCGCCAUAGCCAGCAUCUGUGGCCCAUCCAAAGUUGGCUGAUGGCAGUUUUCUGAUGUUAAUUGUUAACCAGUUCGUAACCAGACAUCCAUUCAGCCAACUGCCUUAUCAAUUACAGGACUUAUUAGUAAAAGCAGACUCAAAUAUAAAGGUUUUUGGCUUAGCUUGGUUUAUUAUAGUUGGUCUAUGUUUGUAAACAUGCAACCUGUAGCGUCUGAAUAUUUGUGUUACAGAUCUUCUGCAGCUGCCUUGGGCUCAAAUCCAUGCAAUGUUUAUAGAGUGUGGAGUCGGUUACUUGUUGACGUUUUCUUACUGUAUCAGUGAAAUACAUAUUGUCAUGUCAGUUCUUGCCAGGAAUUUCUCAACAAAGUGGAAUUUUUUUUUCAGUAUUUCAAUAAAUAUCGAUAUGCCCAGCC